AUGGAGUUCCACCCCAGCGAGCGUCCAUCCGAGGGCGAUCUCUUCAUAUUCGAGCGAUUCCCUAGGGGCUAUGACGCGGAAGAUAUAUGCUGUGUGAUCUGUGGUGUCCCAAACUUUGUGGUAGAAGCAGAAGUGCGAGACAAGAAUCUUGAGAGGUACAAGUGGUUUGUACCACAGGCCAUCCGGGCUGAGAAUUAUCACUAUGAGAAAGAUUGGGAUAUUGCGAGCCUGCCAAACCAUGAUCUACCGCUCGAAGUACUCGGGCUAGAUGAGAUUGAGAUCGACGGUGUGCAUUAUGGGGAGCAGUUACGAAGAUUGGAACCCGUACAUUAUGCAAAGCACUCGUCGAAAUUAGUCCACCAUCUAUAUUCAGAGUACCCAUAUGUUACGGUACAUGCGGAAUGUCUUGAUAUGAUGCGAUAUCUGGUAUACUAUCGCCAGACUCUUCUGAAAGCCGGAGUAUCCGUUAACGCAAUAUGUCCUACAACUCUCAGCCAGUUCUAUGAAGUAUUUGAGCAGCGAUUAACGAGGGUACAUACCUAUUAUCCUCUCGGACGCAACGGCUCGUUUAACCCCCGGCGUGUAGUCCACCCACAGUACUAUUACUUUUGGGAUACUAAUCUCUUUCAUAACGUCGCCUGGGCUUGGGGAGAGCAGAAGGCCUAUGAAUACGAACUGGCACCCUCUCCUAUACCGGGACUUACUCAGGAGAUUCUUUCAUACCUGCAACCUCUUCCGCCGUCCUUCCAAGAACAACCUGAAUCUGGAUUAUUUCUUAAACUGGAGACACUGCCUACCGAGCUCCAAGAUAUAAUUUAUGCUAAUUUACACCCUUUUAUCAAUCCCGAGCAGACAUGCACCCGGCUUUUACCAUCAAGACGGUGGCGUGACUUACUUUUCAAUCGGCAGAUUUUACCCUGGCUUUGGGAUUUGGAUAUCUCUGCGCUACAGAGCUGCCCUGUGACAUCCGAUACUGUAGAUAUACGGACAUAUGAAGCAGACGUUUGGGAUUGGGAGCGCCUUGUUCGUACCCUCGCACAAGUGGAGAUCUUUGAACCGGGGCACCCGUUAGAGCAUGCUCCCCUCCGCCUGCGGAAUCGUCGGCGGAUCUGGAGACUACUAGAGGAGGCCGAAGAUGAAGAUAUUGAGCCAUGGCUCGAAGUUCAUGUACAUAACAGAAAAUGA